UUUACAAAGGAAACGGCAUACUACUACCCUGCCGAUGACACCGACGUGGAUAAAAUAGUUGAGACUGUUAAGUUCACCGAGACUCUUGUUCUUAAGGAACUCUUAGGGUUGAAUGAAUCUAAGUCACCGAGUCCCGAGGAAUUACCAGCCAAGAUUUUGAAAGAGCUCACCAUUAUGGAAAAAAUAAUCAAGCAACAGUUAAUGCAGUUCCUGGAACAAAACCAUUUACUUUUAGAUGUCCUGCACGGUUUCCGCAGGGAACGGUGGACUGAGGCAGUUGAUAGAAGGAAUUCAUUGCACGCAGUCUAUAUGGACUUCAAAAAGACUUUGGAUAGCAUGCCGCAUCACUGCCUUAUUUCUAAACUCAGCGGCAUAGGAGUAAGAGUUAGGUUUUUGGCCUGGAUAGAAAUCUUCAUUCUCGGCCGCUCGCAAACUGUCCACAUCAGCAAUAAAAAGUCGGCCAAGGCUGCGGUUGAGAGCAGUGUUCCCCAAGGCUCCGUUCUCGGCCCUGUCUUGUUCAUUAUCCACAUCAACGAUUGCGUCAGCGAACUGGAUUGCGGUAUCGCUAUGUUCGCCGAUGGUAUCAAACCUUGGCGUGUAAUUCGAACUGCGGCUGACGAAGAGAACUUGCAGACAAAUUUAAAUCGACUCCAAAAAUGGUCAAAGGACUGGCUCUUUCCGUUCAAUGAGAGCAAGUGCAACAUCAUUCGAGUCGGCAAAAUCAAUUCUUCAAAAGGUACGGUCUACCGGCUAGAUGGCAUACCACUGGAAGAAGUGAACGUUCAGGAAGACUUGGGAGUCUGGAUCAAACCCUCCCUGCAUUGCGCAAAGGUAGCCAAGUCUGUGAUUUUCGUUCUGUACCUCGUCAAAGUAGCUUUAUCUGCCUCCAAUUCCGACUGCUUCACCAAAGUCUUCGGGACCUUCGUGCGGCCGCAACUGGGGUCCGCUAUCCAAGCUUGGAGACCCUGGGCCGCGAAGGACAUAAACACCCACGAAAACGUUCAGAGGCGUGCAACCAAACUUUUCAUUGGACAGGAUUCAAGGAAAGGAGUCCUUUGGGAAAAUGACUAA